CUCUCUCUCUCCCUGUUGGACGAUUUUUUCUCGAUUAUUUUCAACAACUCGAAGAUCGAUCGACUGUGAAAUUCUCUAUCGAAGUUUUUGAUUAUCGCUUUGCCAAUGCAUAACUGAGAGAGAGGGAGAGAGUAAUGGAAAACGGUACAUCAGAGAAUGGUGUGUGCUCGUCGGAAUCGAUCAAUGGAGCACAAGAUGUUUGGAGUUGUAACCAAUCUCUUGCUUCUUCCGCUGAUCAUCUUGUCGUCAUGGUUCAUGGAAUUCUCGGAAGGUCUUUGGUUUUUCAUUCUGAAUUCUUUUGAUUUAAUUCUGGAUCUGAUAAUUGUUUAUGUACUAUUAUUAUUAUUCUUUAUGUUUACUUGUUUUGUAAUCAGCAAUUAAUUUCUUAAACUUGGUGAUUCAGAGUUCAGAUUGUAAAUUCUGGAUAUUGAAGCCUUUUUCUUUGAAUUCCUCGGAUGUAGGUUAAAAAAUAUAAAAUUUGUUCUUCUCAGUACAUUUGCUCCUUUACUAAUACUUAAUUUAGAGGGCAAUUUUCCAUUUUCAGUGAUUAGUAGAUGAGAUUCAUAAGAAUUCAGCUUUAUUUUUUUUGUUAAUUUUUUUUUUUACCCUCAUCUCUUGAUAUUGCAGAUAGUGUGCAAUUGGGUGUUUUUAAGAGAUUGUGUUGAUAUUUUUCUUUUAUCUCCCAUGCUGAAUUUUAAUAUAGGGAAGCAUUCCUACUUAAAGACUUGUGACACAGUUGGGGCAUUUGGGUCUCCGGAGUCGAGUGGCAGUGGAGAUGGUAACAACAGUAGCAACAAUGAUGGAGGAUCUAGGGUGUUAAGGAAUUCCGGUGGGGACAUAUUAAGGGAUCAUUACUUAUGUGAUGGGUCAUCUGGUGGUGAUAACACUACUGUCCCUAAUGUAGUUGUUUGGAGCUGGGAGGGGUUACUUGACACAAUUGCUUGCAGACUGUUUUGGAAUCAAUCAAGUCUUUUUGGUCUGAGAGAAAGUCAUACAAGCUUCAGGUUAGUUGAUUUGAUUGAACGAAAAGGUUUACUUAUUCAUUGAUUUGCUGAACUCAACUUCACUUGUAUACACUUUUAGUAAGUCAAAACAUGAGGCAGAGUAUUGGAGCACCUGAUUGAUGCAAAUUUUAAUCUUCACUUAGAUUGAUGGAAACCUUAUUUGCUUUUUAUUGUCAUGAAAAUUCACUUCAAGGAUGAUCAAAGUUUGCAACAAGCUUGAUAUUAGAAUGUUUGAGAAUUGACAGUAAGGCUUUUCAUAAUCCUGCUGUCAUGGAAAUUUUUUUUUUUGUUUUGUUCUAAGUUUAUCAUUUCCAUGCCCUUUAAUUUUUUAUGAUCUAUUUUCAA